AUGCUGGAAGCGAAAUUGGAACCCACCGUCAUCAGCUACAGCGCUGGUAUCAGCGCGUGCGAGAAAGGCGAGCAGUGGGAGCGGGCUCUCUCGCUGCUCAGCGAAAUGCGGGAGGGGACGGUGGAACCCACCGUCAUCAGCUACACCGCUGGGAUCAUCGCGUGCGAGAAGGGCAAGCAGUGGCAGAGGGCCGUGUCGCUUCUCAGUCAUAUGUGGGAGGCGAAAUUGGUGCCCGGGGUCACCAGCUACAGCUCUGGGGUCAGCGCGUGCGAGAAAGUCAGCUGUGCCAAUUGUCUCGGCGUCGACGGGCUCUGGCUCCUCCCCAUGGCAAGCCGGGGACGCUCCUGA